UUAUUAUGGCGACUGAGACUACGUCGCGCCAUGAUUGUAGAGCUAUAUCCAAAAUACCUAGCGUCGAAAAUAACGGGGAAGAAAAGAUUUCCGUCUUUUCUCACAAGUUGUCGGAUCUACUAAAAGAGCCAGAAAUCAAGUAUAUAAAGUGGCCGGUUGCCCGUCUCCAACCAACUUUUCGUCAGCACCAACAGUCUUCUGCUUCAUUAUCCACUCACCCAGACCGAUCAAACUCUACCUUUGUAAUCGUCAAGAACAAAUCUUGCUACCAGCACCAAAGUUCAAAAUGCAGUUCUCUGUUGCCCUCGUUGCUCUCUUCGCCGGCGCCACCAUGGCCGCUCCCACCACCGGGAGCACAACUCCUGCCUACAUCCCUUGCUCUGGAGCUUACGGCAGCGCCCAGUGCUGCUCUACCAGCGUCCUUGACCUUGCCGACCUGACCUGUAGUCCACCUCCGAAGGUCCCUACCUCCGCCGCCAACUUCGGCAAGAUCUGCGCCGACAUCGGACAGCGUGCUCGCUGCUGUGUCCUCCCUGCUCUUGGCCUGGGUGUUCUCUGCCAGACUCCCGUAGGUGUCAUUUACUAGGUGAUUGUGUCCGGGAUCUAAGACCUGGAACUCAUUCGAUGAUGGCUUCGCAUCAGCGACCACCAGAAAUUUUCAUUGCCCCACGUGUGCAAUGCCAUCUGACGAUCGGGAUGUAACUACAGCUCGGGGCUCAAACACACCGUUGAAGGAAUGGCAAUCAUAGACGAUUUGAAGCCUGCCUCUAUUGAAUGUUAGAAUCACUAUAAUAUACCUUGGCCUCUAUGGACCACUCUCCGGAACCACUCAUAUAAAGUGACGAUUGUCCACCGUAAGAAGCUUCAAAGCCU